AAACUUAAGGUCCUUGGAACUCUCAACGAAGUCGCUCUAACGCUCAGUGAGCUCUCACGUUCGGGCGUUGGGCGUGCCGUCAGGCGACUCAAAGGAGAGCCUGGCGAACUCGGGAAGGCCGCACGAAAUCUUCUGUUAAAAUGGAAGUCUCUCCUGGAUGAACACAUUAAACGUGAAGACAUUGUAAUUGAAUCUUCUGUUCACAAGAAUCGAACAAAUCCCACCGUGGACCAGUCGGGUGAUAGGGAGCCUCAGGAAAUCACACCAAAGAAGAGGCCUAAGUUAGAAAAAUCCGACAAACCAGCUUCUGACAUCGCUGGUAAAAGUGCCGAUAGAGCUCACACGCAUUUGCCUCACAACUCCAGUGCAGAUUCUUCUGCCAGACAGAAGCACAAAAGUAAAAAGAAACCCAACACCGAGGUGCCUACCACUCCACCCAGGUCAAAUGCUCUACCAACUGGUGGCUGCGAACCUCUUUCGUUGGAUUCUUCGAGUGGAAUAUCUUUUGAAGAGUCCUUGUUAAUGUCGUCAACAGAACAAGCUGUAGAGGAUCGAUGUCAUGCCAAACGCAUUUACAAAGGCGACGAGGACACUGAUGAUGACGAUGGCAACCUCAAGUUCAAGUCGAAGCAGGUCAUGUGGGCGCCGCGCGCGAAAAAACCAAACAAGCAUUUGGAGAGUGGCGAUGAAUCCGCUCUUCUUUCCCCUACCGUGUACGAACCACAAUCCCUCGUUGACCUCUGUCUGGGCGUAAUUGAGAAAAACAUAUCACUGGUUGACCAUGUAGGCCUCGUUCCCUUUGAACUCUUCUCCCGCGUUCUCACCAAGGCCUCGCCAGAAGAUUUGGCUCGCAUCGAAAAGCAUAACCCGCAAUUUGAUGGCCUUACUGAUGAUUUCUGGCGUCGGCAUGUUCUUCGCGACUUCCCAGAAUACAAAAACCUGACGCCCCGAUACAAGGAGACCUGGUCCAACAUGUACAGUCGACUUGCAGCAGAACGCUCCAAACGACUGGAUCACUUUAUUCACCGUUCAGCUUCGAAACUCAAAGCGGAGAGAGAAAGUAAGAGACAGUCAGUGAAUGCGUUGUACUUUUAA